AUGUCUGGAAAGCUUGCAAGCCUCGACUCCUCAAUGGCUGAUCGCCUUCCCUCCCACUCGCAGGUCCUUUUUGACGCCAAGGCGCAGAGUGGUCACACAUUCGAGGCUAUCGCCAAGCACCUGGGCCGUAGCGAGGUUGCCACGGCGGGCAUCUUCUAUGGCCAGGUGCAGGCGUCAGACGAAGAUGUCGAAAAGCUCUCCGACCUUCUCGGCGUCGACGCCGCGUCCCUGAAACCAAAGCUGACUGCCUUCCCCGACCGUGGUCGUGCGGGGCCCAUGCCACCUGUUGAGCCGCUCAUCUACCGUUUGUAUGAGAUUGUGCAGAAUUACGGGUACGCCUAUAAGGCUGUCAUGAACGAGAAGUUUGGAGACGGCAUCAUGAGCGCCAUCUGCUUCAACACAAAUGUCGAGAAGGAGACUGACGAGGCGGGGAACCCAUGGGUUGUCAUCACCCUCAAGGGCAAAUGGCUUCCCUUCACCCGCUUUUAA